UGGCGCAGAUGCCAUGGAUGGCGGGCGGGAUGUUUGGUGACGUCAUUCGCUUAUCGAAUCGCGAGCGUUCCUAACGGCGAUUCUCGGAAACACGUUCAUUCGAUAGCCUCGAUAGCAGCCUGGAUGUGACCGUCUCGUUGUCUAACGCCGAGAGAACUGACGACGGGCUUUAAGCAAUAUGGCGAAGUGUGUCACGGGAGGCUUGGUGUAGACACGUAGUGUCGUUCGAAAGAUGACAGGUUCGCGGUAUGGGUUGAGAAUAAUGUAGCGGAGAAUAAUGUGCGAAUCGUGCGAAAGUAGACGUAAUCACGUGCAGGCGUAAUCGUGCUAAACGGUUUUUCGCGAUUGUGUGUGACAGCGAGAGAGUUACCGGUGUACAAAAGUCAUGGCUACGGAUAAAAUAAAGGUUGCUGUACGGGUCCGGCCGUUCAAUCGCAGAGAGCUGGAACUCUGUACGCAAUGCGUCGUCGAGAUGACGGGGCAGCAAACCAUCUUGCAACAUCCUACUACAAUGGACAAGAUUGAUCGGAACAAGCCGAAGACUUUCGCUUUCGAUCAUUGCUUUUAUUCCUUGGAUCCUGGAGCGGACAGUUUUGCGAGUCAAGAGAUCGUUUUCGACGCUUUGGGUCGUGAUAUUUUGGACAAUGCGUUUCAGGGUUACAAUGCUUGUAUAUUCGCCUACGGACAAACCGGCUCCGGGAAGUCUUACACGAUGAUGGGCAGUGGCGACAACAAAGGGAUAAUACCACGGUUGUGCGACAAUCUCUUUGAUAUGAUAGCGAAGCAGCAAAGUUCCGAGCUCACGUAUAAGGUUGAGGUCUCGUACAUGGAGAUCUACAAUGAAAAAGUGCAUGAUCUUCUGGAUCCAAAGCCAAACAAGCAAUCGCUCAAAGUCAGAGAGCACAAUGUCUUGGGGCCCUACGUGGAUGGGCUGAGCCAACUGGCGGUUACUUCUUUCCAGGACAUCGACAACCUCAUGACGGAGGGCAACAAGUCGCGAACAGUCGCGGCGACAAAUAUGAAUUCCGAAAGCUCCCGUUCGCAUGCUGUAUUCUCGGUAAUUCUCACGCAGACUCUAACGGACUCGAAGAGCGGAGUCAGCGGAGAAAAGGUCUCGCGGAUGAGCUUGGUGGAUUUAGCUGGGAGCGAAAGGGCUGUGAAAACUGGAGCAGUGGGUGAUAGACUUAAAGAAGGAAGCAAUAUUAACAAAUCUUUAACGACGUUGGGUCUAGUCAUUUCAAAGUUGGCGGAUCAAAAUUCCGGCAGCAACAAGAAGAAGGACAAUUUCGUACCCUAUAGAGAUUCUGUCCUUACGUGGCUCUUGAAGGAUAAUCUUGGUGGCAAUAGCAAAACUGUCAUGGUAGCCACAAUAUCACCGGCUGCUGACAAUUACGAGGAAACGCUAUCGACUCUCCGGUAUGCUGACAGAGCGAAGAGAAUAAUCAAUCAUGCUGUAGUUAAUGAGGAUCCAAAUGCUAGAAUUAUUCGUGAACUCAGACAAGAAGUUGAAACCUUAAAGGAAAUGUUGUUACAUGCAACAGGAUCGAUGAUUGUCGGCCAACAACGCACAGACAUCACGGAAAAACUGUCAGAAUCGGAACGACUGAUGAAGGAAAUGUCACAGACGUGGGAAGAGAAGCUAGUGAAAACCGAGAGGCUACAACACGAAAGGCAGCAGGCUCUGGAAAAGAUGGGAAUAAGCGUACAAGCGUCCGGUAUUCAAGUAGAGAAGAGUAAAUACUACCUGGUUAAUUUGAACGAUGAUCCAAGCUUGAACGAAUUAUUGGUUUAUUAUCUCAAGGAAAGGACCCUCGUAGGCGGUCGUUCAGCCAAAAGGGAACAGGAUAUUCAAUUGCAUGGCUUGGGUAUUCUACCGGAGCACUGCGUUAUCACGAUAGAAGAAUCAGGCCUGUACAUGAUACCAUUAAACGGUGCUCGAUGUUUCGUCAACGGUACGCAAGUUGUAAACAAGACUUUGCUACAGCACGGCGACAGAAUUGUUUGGGGAAAUCAUCAUUUCUUCAGAGUCAACUGUCCAAGAAGUGCUACAGCAAUUAAUAGCGAACCGCAAACCCCCGCUCAAAACAUCGACUACAAUUUUGCCAGAGAAGAGCUCAUGCUUAACGAAUUGUCCAACGAUCCAAUCCAGAGAGCUAUAGCAAGACUGGAGAAACAGCAUGAGGAAGAUAAGCAGGUUGCACUCGAGAAGCAGAGGCUAGAGUAUGAACGACAAUUUCAACAAUUACGCAAUAUAUUAUCUCCCUCUACGCCGUAUUCGCCUUACGUACCGUAUGAUCCUCUGAGAGGUAGUCAAAGUGGAAAACUUCCAGCUUGCACACCAACGACGCAAAUGCGCGUUGAAAAGUGGGCUCAGGAACGAGACGAGAUGUUCAAGCGGAGUUUGGGUCAAUUGAAGACAGAUAUUUUAAAGGCUAAUGCAUUGGUACAAGAGGCUAAUGUCUUAGCUGAGGAGAUGGGCAAACAGACAAAAUUUAGCGUCACUCUACAGAUUCCUCCGAAUAAUCUAAGUCCGAAUAGAAAGCGGGGCGCGUUUGUCAGUGAGCCCGCAAUUUUAGUGAAAAGGACGAAUAUGGGAAGUCAAGUUUGGUCCAUGGAAAAGUUAGAAAAUAAAUUAGUCGAUAUGCGAGACAUGUACGAGGAAAGAAAAGAUCCUCACAAUUGUCAACGAUUACCUGCGAUUAAGGUAUAUACUUUUGUCUCUUAAAUAUUUCCUUAACAACGUGUACGAAAUAAUUUUUUCUCACAGGACGAAGUACCAGGGAAGACACAAGAUCCGUUUUACGAAUCCCAAGAAAAUCACAAUCUUAUCGGAGUUGCAAAUAUUUUCUUAGAAGUGUUAUUCCACGACGUACGAUUAGAUUAUCAUACUCCGAUUAUUAGUCAACAAGGAGAAGUCGCUGGUCGACUGCAGGUCGAAAUAAGUCGUAUAUCCGGCCAAUUUCCUCAAGAUCGGAUUUGCGAGGCUGCUUCGGAAUCUUCCGCGGAUUCGACAUCCUCCGAAGCGGAGGAUUAUUCCGGAGGGUCUAGCCAUAUUACUUGUCGCGUAACGAUAAAGCAAGCCACCGGAUUGCCACUCUCGUUAAGUCAUUUUGUGUUUUGUCAAUACAUGUUUUGGAAUCAUCCAGAACCGAUAGUGGUUCCGCCAAUGAUAAACGCGGAGCUACCCAACUCGAAUUGCAUCACUGGACAGAGAGAUUCCUUGACAUUUAAGUUUGACGAUACAAAAGAUUUCACUAUACCCAUUACGGAGGAGUUUAUGGAACAUGCCGCUGAAGGAGCGUUGAGUAUAGAAGUAUGGGGCCAUCGCAGCGCAGGUUUCUCACGUAGUAAACCUGGAUGGGAAGUGGAACAACAACAAUUGGCAAAAGCUAGAUCGCUCGCUGACCGUUGGUCUGAAUUAACGCGAAAAAUUGAAUUGUGGGUGGAGAUACAAGAGCUCAACGAGCAGGGAGAAUACGCGCCCGUUGAAGUUGCAGUGAAGCAAGACACGUGUACAGGUGGUAUUUAUCAACUUCGGCAAGGCCAACAACGUCGAAUACAAGUUCGAGUGAAACCAGUACAAAAUUCCGGCACCUUACCGAUUAUCUGUCAAUCGAUAUUAAGCAUAGCCGUUGGAAGUGUUUCAGUACGAAAUCGAUUGCAAAUGCCAUUGGAUAGUUAUCAAGAUGAGGACUUGAGUAUAUUGAGAGAUAAAUGGAGCGAUGCUCUAAUGAGAAGACGACAAUACCUUGAUCAACAAAUUCAGAAACUCAUUAAUAAGCAAGACAAAACGGAACAAGACAUGGAACGGGAACAAAGUCUUGUGGAUCAGUGGGUCAGCCUCACAGAGGAACGGAACGCCGUUCUGGUUCCUGCGGCGGGUUCAGGCAUUCCCGGUGCUCCUGCCGAUUGGACUCCUCCUGCAGGGAUGGAGCCGCAUAUUCCUGUAUUAUUUCUUGAUCUCAAUGCCGAUGAUCUCUCAACGCAUCAGUCGGGAGAAGAAGUAUCAGUGACAGGAUUAAAUUCAAUCCUACCUAAGGAACAUGGAAAUAAAUUCUACAAUCUGCCUAUUAUUCGACAUUUAGAGAAAGACGUAUGUGCCAUUGCCGCUUGGGAUUCUAGUAUACAUGAUAACGUACAUCUCAAUAGAGUGACCGAUGCAAACGAAAGAGUGUUUCUAAUCUUGAAGACUACCGUUCGCCUAUCACAUCCAGCACCAAUGGACCUUGUGUUGCGUAAAAGAUUAGCUUUAAAUAUAUACAAGAGACAGAGCAUUACAGAUAGAAUUUUCAAGAGAAUUACUCGAACUGAUUGCUUGGCGCAAACCGGUGUUACUUACGAGGUAGUUUCAAACAUUCCGAAGGCGAGCGAAGAGCUCGAAGAUCGCGAGAGCUUGGCGCAGAUUGCUGCUAGCGGGGAAGAUAAUAGUUUAUGCGACGGAGAAACUUACAUAGAAAAAUAUACUCGUGGUGUAUCCGCCGUCGAAAGUAUAUUAACGUUAGACCGAUUACGACAAAGUGUCGCUAUAAAAGAAUUGUUACAAGCACACGGACAACCACUGAUGCGCAAGACUGCAAGUGUUCCAAACUUCUCUCAGAUUAUGAGAUUCGAUAUGUCAAUGGAUUCAUUGAAUGUUACUCGUUCGGAAAGUGUGACAGAUCUCAAUAUGGAAAAUGGUCUUCCGCAUCCGCGACGUGCAUCUAUAGGUCACGCAAGAAAUGACGAAAACUUUAUAUCUGUACCGCCAAAGCCAUUUGGAAUCGGCUCCAUUCUGAACUCAGCGAGACCAACUUUCCUGAAUCUGAACCUGAAUCUCAACUCAUUGACACGUCUUCAACAAUCUACCUCUGCCAAGUCAUCUCCGAACAUUGUCAGUAGUAAACUGGGUCCUCGUAUGACCACAUUACACGAGGAAAAUGUGGGGAAUCAAGCGUCUACUCCUAUCAACGACGAUGACGAGGAGAAAAGCGACGCCGAUUAUUCUGAAUAUGAGGCAUAUCAGGCUCCACCGAAACCAGUAAAGCCGCUAACUUCCUCACGCACGUUGGAUUCUUUGGUCGAGCUACAAUCAACGAAGAUCAAUACGCCAAGUAUGAGUAGCAGCGGAUACGGUUCUCAAGCUGUUUCCACGACAAAUCUUACAUCGGAAGAUUCCAUUUCUAUCAAAUCCAUCAGCGUGGAUGAGACUCCAGACCUUGAAUAUCGUAAUCUUCUCGAUAGUAAAAAACCCGAGAAAAUGGAUAGUUCCCUCGUCGAGGAAACACCCGAGGAGUACUUGAGCGAAGUAAAUUCUGCGUUGGAUAAUUUGAACAUUUCGCAAAGCGCUUGCACGGAGGAACAACACACUAGAAAAAAUCUGGAAGAAACGGGAACGUGCAUGGAUACUGAUAUCGAUAGCCCAAUUUCUUCUACAAAGAGUGAAAGCGAAACCAAUAGCAACAUGUUCCAUGUCGAGACUCAAAGAAAAAAUACACCCGCCGAUCAGAUUCUCAUCGUCAGUGACAGAAAAAACGAAAUGGAAAUCAGUCAAACCUCUAAUUCAGGAGACGAUAGUCCCAUGGAAGGGACUUGGAUUGUACAUACCAAACUGCCACCUGGCAAGGUCAUGCGAAGAAGAAAGACUUCUAAUAAUACAGGAAGGCCUACCAGUUCGCAUCAGAGAGCUUCGUUUCCUAUGGUCCGUCCACAACUUUCUGAGAGUAAAGCUGCAGUACAUUUGGAACAAACGCUACAACCUAAUAUGCCAUAUGAAAAUGGCGACAACAGCUCUUCGGAGAGAAUCGACGCGGAUGACGUUUGUGAUAAAAGUUCAGCGUUUGGUUCAAGGCACGAUUUAACUCGAGUGGAAGCUCCUUUACCAGACUGGAUCGUUGUCGGAGAAUCAGUUUUGGUUCGCCCUUAUAGUUAUUCCGGAGUUAUAGCAUAUGUUGGCCCUACAGAAUUUGCAUCGGGAAGCUGGAUAGGAGUUGAACUUGAUGCUCCGACUGGUAAGAAUGAUGGUGCUGUCAAUGGCCAUAGAUAUUUCACAUGUCGACCCAAAUGUGGUAUUUUCGUUAAGAUGGAUAAGCUAAUUCAAGACAGACGAGGAAGAGCGCUUAGAAGCUAUACCAAGCAAGAAUCUACACCAUCCACAUCAAUGCGCAGGAGUGUUAGCAAGGGCGAAGGAUUACAUUCCUUGCACCGAAGUCGCAGUCGAGGGGAAGGCCUCUCUACUACAGGUACACGUUCUUUUCCACGCGGCAAGUAAACACGGAUCACACACACACACAUACACACACACACACACACACUGCUUCACCAUUACUUCGUGUUAAUAAGAGCCACAACAACAUAAAUAUCCUAAUUGCUACAUGCCUAUAUGAUACAUAUGUAGCAGCAAUGUUUCAGUCCUUUAGACAUUAGGGCAGCUAUUGAUUAUUGAAAUUACUUAUACAGAAAUAUUUCAAAUACUAAAUCACUAAUGUAUACUAUACACACGAGAAGCAUAUGGAAUAUACUUUUCAACUUGUCAUGUCCUACGAGCAGCGUAUCCACCUCGCUACUUGAG